AUGACGUCACGACUGAUGUCACGACUUGUGAUGAAAACAUUGGAUGCCAUGAGAGUCGCGAAGAAGAGUCUUCUGUUGUCUUCGCAGCGCUUCCUGUCGACCGCCGUCUACCCCGACAUCCGCGCCCAACAGUUGCGCAGAGGGGCGGGCGGCCGGUCGUCUUUCAACGGACAGGUGGUGACAGUGUUCGGCGGCGGAGGUUUCGUCGGCCGAUAUGUGAUCAACAAAUUGGCCAAAACCGGGACUCAAGUCGUCGUUCCCUUCAGAGGCGAUUUCCUCGACUGCCAGCGCCUCAAGUGUGCCGGCGAUUUGGGACAAAUCCUCUUCCGGCACUUCCACCUGAAGGACGCGGAGAGUGUGUUCCGGUGCGUGAAGUACUCGACGGCAGUCAUAAAUCUGAUCGGAAAAGACACGGAAACCAAUAACUUCUCGUUUCGCGCCGUUCACGAGGACGGCGCGCGACUCAUCGCGCAGAUGUCCAAAGAGGCCGGAGUCCAGCGCUUCGUCCACUUGUCGGCGGCCAACGCGAGUGCGCAGCCGCAGAAGCGCUUUCUCGGACGCGCCGCCAAAUGGCUGCAGUCAAAGCACGCGGGCGAAGAGGCCGUAAGAGAGGCGUUCCCGUCGGCGACGAUUGUGCGCCCGACGGACAUUCACGGCGCGGACGACUCGUUUCCGCAUUACUUCGCGCACUGGCAAAGACGACAGUUGGGAAGACUUCCGCUCAUUGACGGCGGCUUUCAAACCCAAAAACAACCCGUUUUCGUCGGAGACGUCGCGCAGGCCAUAGUGAACGCGCUUUCGGACGACGAGGCCGUCGGACAGCUCUUCGAGGCCUUCGGUCCGCGCCGGUACACAAUGCGCGCUCUCGUGGAGUACAUUCAGCGCAUAAUCCAGAAGACGCCGGAAGACGGCUUUAACGUGACGAACAUCCGGUGGGCGCCCCUAUUGUUGGCGCGCAUCUUCAUCUUCUCGAACCCCAAAUGGCUCUACAAAUACCCAAACGUUUCGUUCGAGAAGUUGGAAAGAGAGGCCGUUUCGGACGUUCGGACGCCGGGCGUGAAGGGCAUCGAGGAAUUGGGGGUGCGGUUGACGCCUUUGGAGGACAAAUGGGAAUACAAUUUAAUGCAUUGGAAACGAAUGGCUUAUUAUGGAGAAGAAGUCGGAGAAUUCCCCGAAAUCCCUAAACCGCCGCAAAUUCCCCUUUAAUUGUAGUCAAUCUCCGAAAGUGUGUUCAAAAGUGUAGAAAUAAACAGAAUUUACGCAAAGA